AAUUUCGGAAGAAUUCAGUCCUUGUUUUUGUAAAUUGAGAACGUAAUGCGCUUUUUGGUGGUUUUUGCAUAUUUAUCGACACUUGCGUACGCGAGGUAUCGAUUCAGAUUCCACACGUGUAUCAAAGAGGACCAGGCGAUUUUGGAGAAGGAAAAUGUGAACUCGCCACGCCAAUUUCUUUUUAUCGAUGACGGACAAUCGCCAAAGUGGAGGGAAAAUGAUCUCGAAGGAAAAGGAAUUCUUAUGAGCUUCGGAAAUCGAUUGAAGAAUCUGACAAACGGAUAUGAGACUGGUGCCGAACAAGCUCUGCGUGUCCUUGAAUUCAACAAUACGGAACACUUUCUUGUGAUCAAUUUUUGGAUGAGAAGCUACUAUUUCAUGAAAAACGGUGAUAAAUAUCAGCUGUCAUACACCGGAACCACCAUCAAACCCGAUUUGAAUCACUUUAUUCGCGUAUACUUCAUCUGCGCUCCAGCGAACAGUCAGAGUGCGUUGAUCGUGUUUGGGGAUCAGUCGAAACCGCGAGUUUUAAAGUCGAAAAAAUCGAAGAGGGAAGCAGCGCUGAUUGAUGAGAAUUCGGGGAAGAAGCUGAAAAAGUGCCAGAAAAUUCGGACGAAAAGAGCGGCGGCGGUGAAUAACUCGACGGAGUGGACACAGACGCUGAAGGAUACUCGGAGACUUAAACAACGUAGCGAAAUCUACUCUUGGGCACGUCUCUCGUUCAUUCACCUCGGUUUCGGUAUGGUAGUGAUCGUCAACGCCAUCGUUUUUUUGUUCUUUUUCAAGUAUUUCAAGAAGUUCAACUCGACGGUGAAGAAUGGAGAUCAGAAGCAGGAAUCGGAUGAGACUGAUGAGAAGACUGAGAAGACUGAGAAGCAGGCGAAAUAGAACUUUUUAGUCUAUCUGUGUUGAAAUAAAGGAAUUGAAAAAAAAAAAAAAAAAAA